UUAAACAAAACCAAAAUAGUAUUAUCGUUAUUAUUAUCCAGACUGCGUGAAUCACACAGCAGUCGAGAGCAGUGGCGGGUAUGAAACACAGGCUUCAAGCCAAAAACAAGAAACUUCAGCAACAACAUAGCAGUGAAAUGGAUUUCUCAACCCGUUGCCGUGGUUGUUUAUCUAAUAACGAAGAAUCUUUGCGUUCACCGGACGAUUCAGUAGAAGCUCUGAAGCUACUUCAGGAAUGCGUGCGAUUAUCGGUAACGAUUAAUGCUCAACCGAAUUUUCCAAAGAAAAUCUGUAUAUCUUGUCACGAAAAAUGCCUGUCGUGGAAACAGUUUCAACGGCAGUGUUUGGAAACUGACCGAUUACUGAAUUUCAACGUUUACGGCGAACCAGAAAACUCCCAACUUGACAUCGAGAAUAUUUCGGAACACAAAACAGAUGAUGUUUUGAGUGGAAAAUGCCUUUUUAAUGAUAAAGAAUACCUCGUAAUUCAUUCAAGAAUGGAAGAUCAGCGUAAUGAAACUCCCCGCUAUCUUGAGCAGGAAAUCGAAAUUGAAUUUGAAAUUGAGGAUAAUGUACAAGCAAAAGAUUGCGAAAACAAGCAAAUAUUAGCGACAUUUUACUCUUCUGAAAAUGAUGAACCAACAUUGCCUACUCGAGUUUCGAUAGAAAAUAAUACCGUAGAAGAAGUUUCAGUAGUCCAAGUAAAAACAACAGCGCAUAAUAGCAAAAACAAUGAGCUAUAUUGUGAACAAUGCAUGAUGCGAUUUCGAAGUUCAGACCGGUAUCAAGCACAUCUUCGUCACCAUCAAGGGCUUAAGCCCGAGAUUUGCAAAGUAUGUAACGGAGAGUUUAAUACCUCUAGGGCAUUGCGGAGUCACAUGCUGAGACAUACAGACUGUAAAAAGUAUUCUUGUCACGAUUGCGGACGGACUUACAAAUACAGUACAUCUCUAACGCUUCACCGUAAAACUCACCGAGAUGUGCCUCGAUUCGUUUGUGAUCUUUGUGGAAAAUCGUUCGUGAGAGCUCACGGGUUGAAAAGCCAUUUGAUUUCACAUUCGACAGAAACGCCUUUCGAAUGUAGUCAUUGCCAGAAAAGGUUCAAAAAUGAAAUCAUGCUACGAAAUCACGUUCUCCGGAGACAUGACGGAACGAAAAAAUUUUCUUGUCCGGAUUGUGCAAAGUGCUUCACUACUGGAGCUGAACUACGAAUACAUUCCCGAAGCCACACUAACCAAAAACCUUACAAAUGCUCUCGGUGUGAGAAAUGUUACAAAACGCACAGUCACUUAACAGUUCACUUUCGGGCGGCUCAUACAACAGAACGACCCUACGCGUGUGACCUUUGCGAACUAAGUUUUGCUCAUAGUAAAGUAUUAAAACAGCAUCGACUAACGCACACCGGUGAGCGCCCGUGGGGUUGUUCUGUUUGCAAGCGAACAUUCCGGCAGAAUAGCACUUUACAAGGUCAUAUGAAAACACACAGAAGAAAAUCAUCCGAGCCAGUAGUCGCGUGACAUAUCCAAACCGGGGUUGGGGGUUUCGUUUAGGUUUACCUCAAUUUAAAUCAAUAAAAACUCUGAUUA